AUGCUUGGAAAUGGGGUGGUGGGGAUUUUGUCAGAGUCAGUGAACAAGUGGGAGAGAAGAGCACCUUUGACUCCAUCUCACUGUGCUAGGCUGCUCCACAGUGGCAGAGACAAAACUGGGGUUGCCCGCAUCAUAGUGCAGCCCUCCACAAAGCGCAUCCACCAUGAUGCAAUGUAUGAGGAUGUUGGGUGUGAAAUCUCUGAGGAUUUAUCCCAAUGCGGCCUCAUCCUUGGCAUCAAACAGCCCAAGCUGGAGAUGAUUCUUCCUGAUAGAGCCUUUGCAUUUUUCUCUCAUACUCACAAGGCUCAGAAGGAAAACAUGCCACUCUUAGACAAGAUCCUAGCUGAAAGGGUGUCCCUCUAUGAUUACGAGCUUAUCGUGGGGGAUCAGGGGAAAAGACUACUUGCAUUUGGAAAGUAUGCUGGUAGAGCCGGAUUUAUCGACUUCCUGCGCGGGUUAGGACAGAGAUACUUAAGUCUUGGAUAUUCAACACCGUUCCUCUCAUUGGGUGCAUCUUAUAUGUAUACGUCCUUGGCUGCUGCCAAGGCUGCAGUGAUUUCCGUGGGUGAAGAGAUAGCAACUCUGGGACUACCAUCAGGAAUCUGCCCUCUGGUCUUUGUCUUCACCGGUUCAGGAAACGUUUCUUCUGGCGCGCAAGAGAUAUUUAAGCUUCUUCCUCAUACUUUUGUGGAUCCUAGCAGACUUCCAGAGCUAUCUGGGACAGACAAGGAUGCUGCUCAACCUACAAGAUCAUCGAAAAGGGUCUUCCACGUAUAUGGUUGUGUUGUGACUAGUAAAGACAUGGUUCAACACAAAGAUUCCACAAGAGUAUUUGACAAAGCUGACUAUUAUGCACAUCCAGAACACUACAGCCCUGUUUUCCAUGAAAGAAUAGCCCCUUAUACAUCUGUAAUUGUGAAUUGCAUGUAUUGGGAGAAAAGAUUUCCUCGCUUAUUGAGUACCAAGCAGUUUCAAGAUUUAAUGAGGAAAGGAUGUAAGCUUAUUGGAAUCUCUGAUAUAACUUGUGAUAUAGGGGGAUCUAUAGAAUUUGUCAACCAAACCACGCCCAUUGACUCACCCUUCUUCAGAUAUGAUCCUAUGAAUGAUUCUUACCAUCACGACAUGGAUGGGGCUGGCUUGAUAUGUCAAGCUGUGGACAUUCUUCCAACGGAAUUUGCAAAAGAGGCUUCCCAACAUUUUGGAGACAUAUUGUCCCAAUUUGUUGGUAAUUUGGCUUCUACAAGAGACAUCACAAAGAUACCUGGACACUUGACGAGAGCUUGCAUAACCCAUGGAGGAGUACUUACCUCAUUGUAUGAAUACAUUACACGUAUGAGAAAAUCUGGCUCAGAAGAAAUAUUAAAAAGUCCUUCUAAGCACCAAUCUAACAAGAAGUAUAACAUAUCAGUAUCUCUCAGUGGUCACCUAUUUGAUCAAUUUCUGAUAAAUGAGGCCUUAGAUAUUAUUGAAGCUGCAGGUGGCUCCUUUCAUUUGGUUAAGUGUGACGUGGGUCAAUGUUCUAAUUCUAUGUCAUUCUCAGAGCUUGAAGUGGGUGCAGAUGAUAGGGCAGUUCUGGAUCAAAUUAUCGACUCUUUAACUUCUCUUGCUAAUCCAAACGAAAAUUAUGAUUUAAAGCAAGAAAAAAAUAAGAUUUCUCUGAGGAUUGGUAAAGUCCAGGAGAGUCCUAUGAAGGAAAAUGGCACGAAAAGAAAGGUUGGGGUUCUUAUAAUUGGCGCAGGCCGGGUAUGCCAACCAGCUGCUGAGAUGUUAGCAUCAAUUAGCGAAAUGUCAUCCCAGAAGUGGUGUAAAGCAUGCCUGGAAGAUGAUUUUGAAGAGAAGAAUGAUGUGCAAGUUACUGUUGCAUCUCUCUAUCUAAAGGAUGCUGAAGAGAUUACUGAAGGUAUUCCAAAUACAAGAGCAGUUCAACUUGAUGUGACGGAUACUGGCAGUCUUCAUAAGUAUAUAUCAGAGGCUGAACUUAUUAUAAGUUUACUGCCAGCUUUUUGCCACAUUACUGUAGCAAAUGCAUGUAUUGAGCUUAAAAGGCAUCUUGUCACUGCUAGCUAUGUUGAUGAUUCAAUGUCAAAGCUAGAUGAAAAGGCAAAGAGUGCCGGUAUUACGAUUCUUGGUGAGAUGGGCUUGGACCCUGGGAUAGAUCAUAUGAUGGCAAUGAAGAUGAUCAACCAAGCACAUGUCCGUAAGGGGAAAGUCCGGUCUUUCACCUCGUAUUGUGGUGGACUCCCAUCCCCAGCUGCAGCAAACAAUCCAUUAGGAGCUAUUCGAGCCGGGCGCAAUCCUGCCACGUACAAGUCUAGGGGUGAAAUUGUACAAGUUGAUGGAAUGAAUCUCUAUGAUUCAGCUGUGAAACAACGGAUUCCCAACCUACCAGCUUUCGCGCUGGAAUGCCUCCCAAAUCGUAACUCACUAGUUUAUGGGGAAUUGUAUGGAAUAGGACAUGAAGCUUCAACCGUCUUUCGUGGAACCUUGCGCUAUGAAGGGUUUGGAGAAAUAAUGGGGACACUGUCAAGAAUUGGUUUAUUCGAAUCCGAUCCUCAUCCACUUCUCAAGGAUGGAAAGAGACCCACAUUCAGGAAAUUUUUGUCUGAACUUCUCAAAAUCGAAAGUGAAGAUCUGGAUGGACCCUUGAUAGGAGAGAAAGUCAUCCAUGAAAGGAUUGUCAAGCUUGGAUACUGCAAAGAUCAAGAAACUGCAUUGAGGGCAGCCAAGACCAUAACAUUUUUGGGACUUCAUGAUCAGAAAGAAAUCCCUGCCUCCUGCCGAAGUGCAUUUGAUGUGAGUUGUCUCCUCAUGGAAGACAGGUUAGCAUACUCCAGCACAGAACAGGAUAUGGUGCUUUUGCAUCAUGAAGUAGAGGUUGAGUUCCCAGAUGGACUUAGAGAGAAGCAUUCAGGCACUUUACUGGAAUUUGGGCAGACUAAGAAUGGUAAAAUGAUCACCGCCAUGGCUUUCACGGUUGGCAUCCCGGCAGCCAUUGGAGCUCUGCUCAUACUUGGAAACAAGGUCAAAACAAGAGGGGUCUUGAGGCCUAUUGAACCAGAAGUAUAUGUCCCAGCCAUGGAUAUAAUACAAGCUUAUGGCAUCAAGGGCUCCAAUGAUGGGUUUGCAAUGCCUUCCCGAGUUUUGUGGAAAGAGCGCUUGCAACUUAGAGGAGCUCCCUAUUCCUACAUUAAUGUCAGGGAUGGAAAAAGGGUUCGCAUGAGCUUGAAUAGUGAAGUGUAA